UACCAUUCAUUAACCAUUAUUAAAUUUAAUAAUCAAUAUAUAUUUAUGCAUAAUACAUUAAUACCUUUAAUUAUUCCGCCGGUAAAAAUGUCAAUCCGAUUACUGAGGAUAACGUAAAACGACUUAUUUCUUUUUUAAUUGUCCCUUCGGAAAUAUUAUAAUCCAAAAUGGCUGCAAACCCGGGACCGGCACAUUCAACGUCGUCGGCCCCAUUCCGUUUGACCGAUUCGGAAACGAAUCCGAUGUGCAUUUAUCUGGUGAAAAACGACAGUAAGGGUGACAAAUUGUUGUUCCGUUACCCGUUCCACAGUGUCGGUGGACCUGUCAAGGUGAGCCUGAACGAUCACAAACGUUCCCUGCACAAAGACUCAGGAUUGGUAAAGACAGUGCGACCGCACGAUCUCACUAUCUUUACGGACGACGUUAUAUCCAGCUUGUUCGCCGUCAAGAUGGAGCUGUGCGACCGCAAGUUUGAACUAAAAGUGAACAAUGUUCGAUUCAUCGGUCACCCAAUGCAGCUGGUGACUGGCGGGAGUGAUGAUGGCAGCGAAGGCGGCAACAAAAAACCACAGAGCCCAUCUAUUAUAAUGAUCAACAUUGUUUUUGCGCUAGAUGCAUUUGCCCGCCGUCAAAUAUCCAAUUGUUACUACGAUCUGAGCAAAGUAUUAGGCGUUGCUCUGCGUCAUGAAGAAAAGCGUUGCGGGUAUCUAUCCUCGCAAAUAAAAGAUAUGCUCUACAUACAUGAUACCUUGGCCAUGAGUACAAAUGAAUGUGACCUAGACUCAUCUGUUGAUAAUAAACAUUUCAUAAGUAUCCUCGAGAACAGUUCAUUGGCACAGGAUUUGAAAUCUGUGUUUGAAGGUGUUGUUACCAAUGGUUUAAUCAAGUUAAAAGUGAAUGACUGGGUAGAUGUCAGCUUCUGUUUGCCACACAAGGUCCAUCAUUUCUAUAGAGACGGACAAUACUUUGAACCAGAAUCUAUUAACAAGUGUUUAAAAGGACUUAGACCAUAUCAUGGUUUGCUGUUGAUGGCUGACCGUAAAGUUCUGUUGGACAGCUUGCCACAAGAUUCUAGUCCAUCAAUUGUUCGACUAAUCAAUAUGUAUAAUCCUGUCAAAAGUUUAGAAACCUUAUCUGCUGAUUCGGAUCUUACCUUGGCUCAGGUAUUUAAUAUAGCUGGACAUUUGAUUUAUUGGGGUGACGCAAUUGUAAUAUUUCCAUUAUCCGAAACAAACAUGUAUGCCAUUGCUCCUAACGUUCCAACUGAACGCAACAAUAAAUUUUCCAAAAAAUUUGAAAAGAAGUUUCCUGGACAAAAAUUAUUGGAGGUAAUGAGUGAAUUUUCCUUUCCAACAUCGUUGCAGUAUAAAAUGUGUCCAAUUGAAGAUAAAAGUAGUGGCUCAACAACAAUCCAAAUACUAAUUUGGUUGUUACAGCACAAAAUCUUAUUACAAUAUCAUACAUACAUGUUUUUUAUGCCAUCCAGUAAAGGACUUGGUUAUUAUAAUGAUGAAUCAGAAUUUCAUGACUACAAUAAUAAACACCAGUCUGAAGCACCAAUGACUACAUACCAGACACUAUCUGAAAAUUGGCUGCAGUUGUCAUCAGGGGGAUACAGUUCUUCCAUGUCAAGUGCUGAAGAAAUGUUUCACAGUUUGGACGAAGAUGAACAAAUAGCAUUGAUGCAUAUACCUGCAUCAGCAAAUCCUGACGAUUUUCGUUUAUUAAUGAGAUUGUUAAAACAAGGUUAUCUUUCUGGAGAACAUCAUUUAGAAGAGAUAAUGUAUUUAGAAAAUAUCAGGCGAUCAGAAUUACUAAAAUUGUUGGAUAAGUUCAAAGAUGUACUAGUUACUGUUGAAAUGGAAGAUCCAAUAAUUAGUAAUUUUUAUUCUCAUUAAGGAAAAAAAAAUAUCUUAAGUUUUGAAAACUGUUUAGCUGUGCAAAAUCCGGAACAAAAAAAAUAACGUCUUCAAGUUAAAGAUUUUUUUUAUAUUUUUAUAAAUAAAAUUAAAACGAUUAGAUUUACUAAUAUUUAAAAUUUAAAUUUAAAUUUGGGGAAUAAUAAAUGUUUAAUUAUUUAUUUUAUUAGACCGAAAAUAAAAUAAAAAUAUUUGUUUGUUAGUUAACACGUUAUAUUGUUUUUGUAUUAAAUAUUAAUAUAGCAUUGCGAGUUGAACAAAUUUUAUAUUUUUAUAAAAUAAUCAUGAAUAAUACCUGUAUCAUAAUUUUUAUCACAAUCAGUUUUUAAAAUACAAUUAAAUUGUUAUUUUUCAUGUAUAUAUUAUUAGUUCUUAAUUCUAUAUUUCUUGACUCAACAAAAGUGUCUGCAAGAAAAUAAAGAGAAUUUAAGAGAAAAGUUUGGAUCGUGUAGUGGUUACAUUUAGGGCUGUGUGAUAGUAUCGAUUAAUCGUUUUUAAUAAUUGAUAUUAUUUAUCAAACAGAAUACUAUAUACUAUACAAAUCGAUACUAUCGGUAAUAACAAUAAGGGAUAUUGUACCCCAUUAUUGAGUAAUACACUAAUACAGUAAUACGGUUCAUAGACCAUAGUAGUGUUAAGAUUUUUAAGCAUCUAAAUUAAUCAAACAUGGUUUUGUUUGAAACAUUUAAAACAAAUGAUUUAAAUAACAUUAAAAAAAAAACAGUUUUUUAAAA